UGUGUAGUUUGUUGAAUAACACUUAAUCUCGAUGUGUAGGUGACCAAGUUUGAACUGUAAGAGUAAACAUGACCGCCACUGCCACCGCUUCUGCCUCAACUGUCUCUGCAGGUUUAGCAGAGGACGAAGACGAGUGUGGGCCUCAGCUUAUCACCAAAUUAGAGGGCAAUGGAAUUACAUCAGGUGACAUAAAGAAAUUGGAAGAAGCUGGCUACCAUACGGUAGAAUCAGUGGCAUAUGCUCCUAAAAAGUGGCUUAUUACUAUAAAAGGGAUAUCAGAAGCGAAAGCUGAUAAAAUACUAUUUGAAGCUUCCAAAUUAGUCCCUAUGGGCUUUACCACUGCUACAGAGUUUCAUCAGAAAAGAGCAGAAAUUAUUCAAUUAACAACAGGAUCAAAGGAGCUGGACAGAUUGUUAGGAGGAGGCAUUGAGACUGGAUCUAUCACAGAGAUUUUUGGGGAAUUCAGGACUGGAAAGACUCAAAUUUGUCACACUUUGGCUGUUACCUGCCAGCUACCAAUAGAACAAUCAGGUGGUGAAGGCAAAUGUAUGUACAUAGACACAGAAGGCACAUUCCGACCCGAGAGGUUGCUGGCGGUGGCGCAACGAUAUGGAAUGGAAGGCGCGGCUGUACUGGACAAUGUAGCAUAUGCUAGAGCUUAUAAUACUGACCAUCAAACGCAGCUGUUGGUGCAGGCUUGUGCUAUGAUGGCUGAAUCGAGAUAUUCCCUAAUAAUAGUGGACAGUGCAACAGCAUUGUAUAGGACUGACUACUCUGGUCGAGGAGAGCUCAACUCGCGACAAGUGCAUCUUGGACGCUUCAUGAGAAUGCUGCUCAGAUUAGCUGAUGAGUUCGGCGUAGCAGUAGUAAUAACAAACCAAGUGGUCGCCAACGUAGACAACGUGGGUGUAUUCAACGCCGACACUAAGAAACCAAUAGGCGGGCACAUCAUUGCGCACGCGUCUACGACGCGACUUUACUUGCGCAAGGGCAGAGGGGACAACCGCGUUUGUAAAAUUUAUGAUAGCCCGUGUUUGCCGGAGACCGAAGCCAUGUUCGCUAUUAGUGCGGAAGGUGUGACUGACGCUAAAGAAUAAUUUUGAGUUUAUUAUUAUAUAAGUAUCAUUAAUCUCCAUUUACAUUAUGCCACUCUCAGUGUCGUAUUCCAGAACUCUACUCAAUACUCAAGUCAGGACUUGAGUAUUGCAGUGAGCACUGAAAAUCAUACUCAAGGCCUUGCCAUUAGAGUCGUAUUUCCAGUGUUUGAAAUCAUACUCAAGUCUGCUCAAAUCCUGAGUUCAGCAUUGAGUAGCGUUCUGGAAUACGAGCAUAUGUGUACAAUGUCUAUUUUACUACAUACUUAAUCAUAGUGUGCUAACUGAUCAACUGUUAUUACUAUUAUAACUAAGUGUAGGUGGAAAACGGCGCAGGCGCAAGUGUAUAAUUCUGUCAUCGCACAAUAUUAUUUCAAUGACGCGCCUGAUGUUUCCUUAUCAUCCUACGCGAUUUAUUAUACUUUUUUGACGCUGAUAAAUUUUGUAUAGCUUUGGUAAGCGUGCACUAGUGUAAUUCAUAUUAUAAAAAAGUCGCAUUUAAUUGACGAAACCUGAUUUACAUAGUAAUGCUAUAUAAACGUGAAUAGUACAAAAAGUGCCUUUUGGAAGUUAGCACCUA